AUGAGUAAACUGACGAUGCUAAACAAUUCCGAGAUCCUGUCGAACCUUCCGCCGGUUCCGGGUGGGAAGGAUGGCUCUCAUCAGCACCGGGAAGUGGUCGCCCGGUGGCGCGUUCCGAUGUACGGCAAGGUGUACGAGAUCGAGUUCGAGCACGGGACGGCCAGCGGCAAGCGGGUGCUGUGGAUCGACAAGCAGGAAAUUUUCCGACGCGACUGGAUGUUCAAGCUCGUCGGUGAGGACAUGUUCAUGCUGGAAGACAAACGGUGCAUCAUACGGGUCGAUCCGCUGCCGGGCUUUCGCUACAGCUACUCGCUGUUCGUCGACGGCAAAUCGUACGAGCAGUUCACCGAAAGCCAAGCCAAAGCGCUCAAAAACUGGGAGGCGAAGCUGGGCGAUAGCUUUUACCGGAUUGUGCUUGAGAAAAACACCCUAAACAUCUACGUAAAUGGAAAGCUCAUCGAAGAAAAUGGCGAGUUUGUAGAUGGCGGCACCGAUACUACCUUUAUCGAGGACAACAACACGUUUGUGUUGAGCGCCCGGACUAGCGGUAAUAAACGAGACGGUAUCCUGCAUCGGCUAACGGUGAACGGAACCGAAGUUCCUGAUUCGGGAUCGAUGGUAUAAACUAUUUUAAGAAGAGCUCAUGGCUGAAGACGGCUGAGUUUAGUUAGGCUUUCAAAGUACACAGCAGCAAGAAGAAAUACAAGAAAAAAGGGUAUACAAAUGCUCCUACGCAAUUGAUUCGACGCACCUAAAACGAAAGCAAAAUCGGAACACUUCAGCAGCUUGGUUUUAUGAUUUUUUAUUUGAAAUAGUUUCAAUUUCAGCGAUCCUUUUUUUAAAGAUUUUU